UGACAAGCGGGGCUUGCAGUUUGGCAGCACUUUACGUUUUACACGCAUGCGGACAAUUAGAAAUUUUAAUCAGAAGAUUGGAAGAAUUGGUUGACGAUACUAAAACGAGUAUCAUUUCGUUGGAUGAAAAAUUAGCUGCUUUGGUGAGACAUCAUAUUAAUGUCAGUGGAUUUUUAAAAAAUAUCGAAGAAGCUAUGCAACAUAUAUGUUUAGUGGAAGUGGUUGGUUGUACAUUGAUUUUAUGUCUUUUGGGAUAUUAUAUCAUCAUGGAAUGGGAAAACAACGAUGCUGUAGCAAUGUUAACUUAUGCGAUAUUACUUGUAACUUUUACGUUCAACAUUUUUAUAUAUUGUUUCAUUGGUGAACUUUUGACCGAUCAGGCUAUGAAAGUUGCAAGAACGUCCUGCACAUUGGAAUGGUUCCAUUUGCCAGAAAAAACUUCACGAUGUUUGAUUUUGAUUAUGGCAAUGUCUAAUAGACCAAUCAAAAUAACUGCAGGCAAAUUUUUAGAUUUAUCACUGAACAGUUUUGGUGCGAUCGUUAGAACAUCGGUGGCGUAUUUGAACAUGCUUCGUACUACCAGCAUUUAAUAUAUUUUUUUUUUUAUUAGCACAUUAUUCACUUAUUGUAAAAUGCAUCAAAAUCCUUGAACUUCAUUCACA